AUGGAUGCAGAUGUUUAUCUAGCUGGCACAGUGAUGCUAAUAUUUUCAAUGGGUUUGUAUGGAUUAUUCAUUAGUAAUGCACCUGGUAGUGUAGCACCACCAGAUGAUCGUGCUCUCAAGGGCUCCACCUUGUUUGGGAUGUUUGCUUUGAGGGAGCGACCAAAAUGGAUGAAGAUAAGUUCGCUUGAUGAAUUAAAGACAAAAGUGGGACAUGUCAUUGUAAUGAUUCUUCUAGUAAAAAUGUUUGAAAGGAGCAAAAUGGUAACCAUAGCAACUGGUUUAGAUCUUUUAAGCAACUCGGUUUGUAUAUUCCUAUCAUUAGCUUCUUUGUAUAUUCUUCACAAUCUUCACAAAGAUGAACCUAUAUAAUUAACUUUGUACAAAUAGAAUGACAAAUAUGUUGGUGGAAUCUUCACGUGUAUUAUCACUUGGAGUUAUAAUUUAUCUAAAAGGAAAUUAUAUAUGCAUUACUUGUAAAUUUUUGUCUUAGUUUUGCUUCUUGUAUAUUUGGGUCUAAUCAUGUACACUUG